AUGCACUCACAACGAAUGGCCAUCCGAGCCACACGCGGUGUACGCGUGAAUGCACCAGCUGCCCGCCGUAAUGUUCGCCGCUACGCAGACACACCUCGACCACAAGAGCAGCGACCCGGCCAGCCCAACCUCAAUGGCGGCUCAUCCAGCAGCGGUAGCAGCUCCGGUGGCAGCAGUGGUAGCAGUACCUCCACUCUCGCCUCUGGCGCAGCUGGUGGUGCCAUUGCCUCAGUCCUUGUCUUCACUGCCUGGUACCAAUUCAGUGGCGUGGGCAAAGCCGCACGAUCUGUCAAGCAGACCAAAGCCUACCUGGACAGCACUGCCGAGCAGUUGAAAGUACAGUUCAAAGAGAACACCCCGGAACCCAGUGAAGCGAUCGAGACCCUCAAGCAACAAGCUUACAAGUACGCCGUCUGGAUACCUGGCGGCAGAGAGUACGUGGAUAAGGUGUUCAAGGACCUGGACAUCAUCCGCAACAAACACGGCGAGGAGGUAGACAACAUCGUCAAGGAUGCUUACGGCGAGCUGCGGUCUGCUACCAGCAAAGGCCUCAACACGGAAGCCGCUUCAGACGUCUGGAAAAUCCUCUCCAAGUACGCCUCCAAACUCGCCUCUCUGUCUGUGGACGCAGGUCAAGAUAUCCUCAACAACCAUCCUUCACUCAAAUCAUCACUCGGCGGCUCCUUCGACCAACUUAAGCAAUUCGGCGACAACCUUGGCCCUGAAGCCAAGAAGCAGGUCGAAGAUACUUACAACGAGAUUCGUGAUGUGAUCAACCAGGGUAUCAAAUGGGACACUGUGGAUCGAGUGCGGAAGCUUACUCAGGAAAAGGUGAAGGAAUUGCAGAAGCUGGGCGAGCAGGCGUGGAAUCAGGGCUACGAACAGGUGAAGCCUCUGCUUGAGAAGAACCCACAAGUCAAGCAGCUGGUAGAGCAGAACAUCGAUACGUUCAAGAAGGGCAACAUCAUCGAAGCAAUCGACAAAGUGAAGAAUGCGGCGCAGUCGGGUAAUGUGGGCGAUCUCCAAUCCUACAUCGACAGCGCGAAAUCAAAGGCUGGCAACACCUCCUUUGGCAACCUCAGCAAGUGGAUCGAACAAGUGCCAGGUGGUUCGCAGAUUCUUCCUCAACUCCAGAAGCUACAAGAAGUCGCUCAGUCACAAGGUCCAGAAGCAGAGAAGCUGGCCAAGGACACCUUCGCGGAUAUCCAGAAGGUGUUGGAGAAGCGUAGUGGACAAGUCGAGGAGCUGUACAACAAUGCGAAGAAGGAGGCUGAGAGUCGGUGA